AUGGCGCCGAAAUCAUCACCAUCACCAUCUAUAUCUACAAAGAAACCGCCCAACUCCACUGGCGCUAAUGCCGCGGCGGCGCGCCCUACGAACAGAACGCGACGAGAGCCAUCUGCACAGCUCACUGGCCGUGUCUCGAGAAACAGCGCCGGAGUGCGCUCAGCUUCCAUGGCCAUUGAAAUGGCCUCGCUUCGAUCUGUCCAGCCGCCUCCAUAUAUCGUUACCGACAAGUAUAUUCUCAGCAAAUAUGCCGGGAACCCGCCGUCUUUAAUCCUCCACCUUCAUCCUAUGCACUUCCGCUUCGACCAGCAAGACGGCACAUUCUCCUACAAGUCGCCAAUGCGAAUCUUCCUCGAGCACCUUCGGACGAGAACUAUCCCACAUGAUCUACUUCAAGAUCUUACUCAAGAAGGAGUCGCGUUCUACGAAGGUCGUCUGAUUGUACAAGUCCACGACCACAAGACAGCAGCGCAGACAAGGGAUGUUCAGCGCCCAGCGUCAAAAGCCAAUGCUAUUAUUCCUCACUCAAUACAUAAUCACAACCCUUAUAUCACGCCCUCGCCGUAUGCGCCCUAUCCCAAAGAUGACCUGGGCACAGCAUCCGACCGGGCUGCGGAGCGAGAGCAUGACUCGAAGGAGAAGACGACAGAAGAUCGGGACAAAGAGAGCAUGCCUGCCCCAAGCCUACCCGGUGAGGGUCACAAGAGCAAGUUGCCAGCGCAACCUAGGAUAUUUACAGUUGUUCUACAUCCGACGCCGCAGAGUCUUCAGGCGGAUCUGAUGAUAAAAACCACCACCCCACAGAUGGCGACUGAUAUUCGCGGCAGCAUAGAUGGUGUUCCACCAACGCCGAUGUCGCUUGUACCGCCUACUCCUACUGGUUCGAGUAUGCCGCCACCUGCCAAGAAGCUAAAGAAAGAGCGCAUGGAACUGGAUGCCAGCAACAUUCUUGACGCGGAAGCGCAGAUUCUUCUCGCGACGAAUCCUGUACUCAACCUUGAACCGACCAAGGACGCCAGAGGAACCAUUCGCCUGCUGGAGAGCCUGGCCCACCCCAAACACAGCAACCCACCACCAGAGCCCAAAACGCGAAAGAGGACCGUUGCAGAGAUGGCCGCAGACGUCGCUUUCGCGGCCGAUAAGGAACGUUUCAUGCUGACGCUUGACGACAGGCUUUCCGCAGAUAGCGGAGGCGUGCAAUCGGGUGGGACUGGAGCUGACGGCGAGAACGAGGCCGUGACAUCUGCUUUUGAGCCUAACUUCGCACGGUUCAAAGUUAUUGCAGACAUCAAGCGCGAGCACGCCGAGAAGAAAGAGCAGGAGAAGAUUAAGGCUGCGGAGAACGAGAAGAAACUUGCGCUGCAAAGGCAGCAGCAGCAGCAACAGGCGCAGCAGGAGCAGCAGGCUGCUCUCCUAGCUGCACAGCGUCAACAGGCCGAGGAAGAAAAGGCUCGGCGCGAGCAGGCAGCCGCAGAGAAGCGCGCUCGCCAGCAGGAGGCUCAGAGACAAGCAGCUCUCGCGCAACGCAGCCAGACCGCAGCCAGCGCGAGCCAACAACAUGCACAGCUGGCGAAUGGAGGAAUGCCAAACAGUGUUGCUGUGCAAAACGGGGGAGUCCCCAACGGUAUACCUACGCAGGCCCAGGCUAGAUUCGCUCAAGUCGGCCAACCGCAAGUAUCCUCGCCGGUGGUUCGCCAAGGUACUCCUCACAGCAUGUCUUCGCCUAUGCCAGGCGCAGUGUCUAUGCAGCAGACCAACUCGAGUAUGGCGGCAAGCCCGCCGCGCCCUCCAUCUGUGGCUCAGGGCCACCCUGGAAACAUGGGUGGAGUGCCAAUGACGAACAGCAUGUCUCGAGCGAGCCAACAGAGCCAUCCGAACGGAACACCUCGAAUGCCUCAUGGCACGCCCAACAUGCAGGGCACGCCAGUGCCUCAGCGCGCCAUGGCUGCGACCCCACGCAUGACCCAGGCGAGCCCGCCGCCCAACAUGAUGGCCUCCAAUUCGCAGAUGGGUAUGAUGAUGGGAACGCCCAAUAUGCAACAGAUGCACCAGGACCCUAGCAUGGCUGCCGCUCAGAUCGCGCAACGCCAACGGGCCCUGCAGCAGGCUCAAUCUAUCCCUCACGGCAUGCAAAGCGGAAUGCAGAACGGCAUGAUGAACGGGAACUUCAAUAAUGGCCAGCAGAUGACGCAGCAGCAAAUGCAAAUGGAAAUGCAACGGCGAGCGAUACUGGCCCAACAGCAGCAGCAGCAAUUGCCACAACACCAGCGCGGCAACAUGGUCAACCAGCAGAUGGCGCAGCGUUAUGCGCAGCAGCUGAGCAAUAUGCAGCAAGGUAAUCACAUGGCAGGCGCGCAAAUGUCACCACAGCUCCAGGCCCAGAUGCAGGCACAGAUCCAGGCUCAGCAGCAGCAGCAGCAGAUGGCCGGCAAUCACAUGCAGCGACCCAUGAUGAACGCCCAAAAUGCCAUGAAUGGACAGGGAAUGAACAUGCAAGCCAUCAUGAUGCAGCAGCAACAGCAGCAGCAGCAGCAGGCACAGCAGCAACAAGCCCAGCAGCAGCAGCAGCAGCAAAACAACCUCAACCACUUUACAUCGCAGAUUCGGAUGCAAAGUCAAAUGCUAUACAACAAGGGGAUUCAGGACCUGGCGAACAAGUGGGGCGGCAUCGCAGAAAACAUCCCGGCCGAGCAACUGGAACAGUUCAAGAAGCACUGCCUCAUGCAAGCUAAGAAUAACGUUCAAGGCAUGCUUCAUCAACGGAGAGCGCUACAGCAACAUCAGCAGCAGCAGCAACAGGCAGCCAUGAUGCAGCAGCAGCAGCAGCAGCAGCAGAUGCAAGGAAUGGGUGGCAUGAUGGGUCAAGGCCACCACAUGUAG